AAGCUCAAACACGUGUGUCUCCGUGCAUGCUGUGAAUUCAGGAUCAGACAAACAUUUACCGAUUAUUGAUUAUUAAACCUGAUCAGAAAUGACGAAGACAAAGAAGGAGAAGGUGUCAACUGACGGAGAGGAGGCGGGAGCCGAAGCCGGUACUGGAGCCGGUACCGGUACCGAGCGGAGCUACCAGGAGCUCAUCUCAUGUCUGAACCCCAUCGCUCAGCCGCUGGCCUCCAAAAAACUCAGCAAGAAACUCUACAAAUGCGUCAAAAAGGCUUCCAAAGUGAAGAACAUCCGCAGAGGAGUGAAAGAAGUUCAGAAGUUCAUCAACAAAGGAGAGAAAGGCAUCGUGGUUUUGGCCGGCGACACGCUGCCCAUCGAUGUUUACUGUCACCUUCCCGUCAUGUGUGAGGACAGAAGUCUGCCAUACGCUUACAUCCCGUCUAAGAUGGAUUUAGGAUCCUCGGCCGGAUCCAAGAGGCCGACCUGCGUGAUCCUGAUCAAACCUCACGAGGAUUAUCAGGACGCCUACGACGAAUGUGUGGAGGAAGUGACCAGCCUCCCCAAACCUCUGUGAGCCAAUCACAGAGCAGCUCUGAGUGAUGUCACCGAGCAGAGUGAUGUCACCGAGCAGAGUGAUGUCACAGAGCCGCUCUUUAAAGGAACAGUCCGACAUUCAACCUGAACUGAGUUUAACGAGUCGGAGCCAAUCAUCUUCUGACUUCAGAGUUACGACCAAUCGCAGCGAGGCGUCUGUGAGGCGGCCGCCCGACCAGCCAAUCAGAGGAGAGAGCAGCUCCUUUUCAGUUUAACGUGAAACCUGACGACGCGAUGCGGAAAACGCCGGAAAACAGAAUAAAGUUUAUUUUACUGUCUGAAAAAAGAUUCUCUGAAAGUUUUGAUUAAAGAGAAAAAAUAAAAAUUCAGUUUUUUAUGAAGUUUAAUGAACUUUAAAAUGAUCUGAAACAUCCUGAUAAAUAAUUAAAAUAACUUCUAAUCAAAGCUUCAGUUAGUUUUAAUGUUUCAGGAAAUAAUAAAACAACAGACGUAAAAUAAACGAUUGAAUAUUUUUCUGGUUUAAUCUGAAAACUGUCGACGGUUUUAUUGUUUUUUCUUUAACAUCAAAAACAUCAAAUACUUGUUUCCUUUUGAAUGAUUUUUGGUGUUUGUGCUGUUUUUUUAUUUUUAUUAUUUUUAAUAAAUAUAAAAGCAGCUUUAUGUUGGUGAAACUUUCUUAUAAAUAUGUUUUUUGUUAAAAAAAAAUAACGUGUGAUUCAGAUUCUUUUUUCUAAUUAAAAGA